CUGUCGAGUGUUGUCCUUAUUCCGAAAAAUAAGUUGAAUUGGCAUUGUACAUCAACUGCAAGAUAAAUUGUACGUCAUAUCUCUUAAUUAUAAAAUUUAACCAACUAUAUUAAGAAAGAGUUGAAAAUUUUAGCGCGCUAUCAAUGUCGAUUAUUGGUGACAGUAUUAAUUGGCUCUGGAAUAAUCCCAUAUCAAGAGAAGUUUUCCGAUAUCCCAAGGUUAUUGGUGAAUUGGUCUUCAGUCAACAGGCUCCUCCCAUAACAAAAAUAGUGGAGAGGUUGCCAGCAGACAUGAUAGUCAUCCCUUCUUGGACUCGUAUUUUUGUUCGGAUGGCUGGCAUCUCAGGAGCCUGCGCUGUUGCUAUGGGGGCCUACGGAGCACAUGUUUUUUAUCAGCGAGGCACAGCAGAAGAGCUUAAGCAGGUUUAUGAGACCGCCAACAGAUAUCAUUUCCUGCACACUUUAGCUCUGCUUGGAGUGCCACUCUGCAAGAGACCAAAACUAGCUGGGUCGCUCCUCGGUCUCGGUAUGCUGGUGUUCUGCGGCACUUGUUAUUACUACGCGCUGACGGGAUCACGCACAGUGCGCCAGUACACUCCAUACGGCGGCGUCAUGCUCAUCGCUGGCUGGGUUGCUUUGGUCUUGUAAUAUCUUGCUGCUUGGGUUGCCUCGGUCUUUUCUAUUAUCGUUUCGUGCUUAGGCUGUGUUGCAAAACAACAUUAAAGCAGGAACUUUAGGUGCAUUUGCAUAAUCUACCCAAGCAUCUAGAGCUCCAAGGAAAAUUUAUUUCCGUUUAAGUUUAUAUCAAUGCAAAUAGUUUUUUGUUUAAUGCAGAUACCUAGUUUUUUGUUUGAAAGAUUCAUUUCGUAAAUGAAUUACUUGGUUAAUUUUGAAUUUAAAAAAAUAUCUCCAGAUGCAUUCUAGCAAAUUGGAUGGUUGAAGACUAUUGCGAGUAAUAUUAUUAUAUUCAUUCUCCAUUUUUAAGUAAAAGUUGUUACU